UCCAUGCAUGAUCUGCUGCAGAUGACGAAUGAGAAAAGCCAGAUUGAGAGGACUGUGAGUGACCUGAACCAGACAAGUCCAGUACUUGAUGUACUCACUGUGGUUGGAAAGGAUCUCUAUGAGGAAAUGCCCCAGGAAAGUCCAGAGAUCACAAAUUCCCUAUCAACAAAUGAAAAUGUUGAACAGGUCAGCAUUACAAAUCAAGUCACCGCAAGUCAGUUGGCUCCAGGUGUCAACAUUGAAACGUGUGUACAACAUCACCUGGUGUGCACAACAGUAUCCUCCUUAGACAAGUGCUUGCAGUGUCUGGGACCUGUAUCCUCCUUCAAAUGGCUUGGCUAUAAAUGCAAAGUUUGUUCACAGGUCUGGCAUAAAUCCUGUAUCCGUCAAAUUCCAAAUGAGCCAAACCUUUCACAAGAGCAACAGUCUGCUGAAUGUUCUGGGGAUCAAUUAUCAUCAGAUCAGUAUAUCAAGAGACUACGUUUAGAACAGGAGCCACAAUCAGAUGAUGAUGAACACUUUUCUGAUGAGGAUUACAUACCAGACACAACAGAUGAAGAAGAUGAAGAUUUAGAUGCAAGGAUGCCCUUUAUGUCUCAUCAGUUGAAAGCCCAACAGCCAGCAAUAUUCAGUGCUACAACAUCAAAUGUGGGAGACACAAGCAUCCCAGUUGUACCUAGUACAUCAAAAUGUUGGCCACCUCUUGAGGAUCAUAUGAGUUCCAGUGCUGUUGAAACGUCCGAUUCAGCAAAUGGUGUCAAACAGUCAUCAAAGGAUAAACCAGAGGGUGAAGAAGAGCUUCAGAGACCAGAAUCAGCGCUUCUGACUAUGAGCUCUAAAAAUUAUUGUUAUGUCUGUGGUAAACCACAAAGCAAAAUUUCACGCCACUUGAAAACGCAUACAACACAUGCUGAAAUAGUUCAUGCAUUUUCCCUCCCUGAGCACUCCAAAGAGCGUAAAAUAUUAUUGGAAAAAAUGAGAAAUAAGGGAAAUUUCCAACAUAACACUGCAGUUUUACAAGAUGGGACAGGGCCACUGAAAGUGAAAAGAAAACCAAAAGUUUCAGAUGUGACAGGAAAGUUCAUUCACUGUAUGUAUUGCCAAGGAUUGUUUAUUCGUAAGGAACUGUGGAGACAUGUCCGCAGAUGCUCCUGCAAGCCAGAAAGUGAAGACUUGGAUAAAGAACCUGGUAGAACCAGGUACUGGGUUUAGCUGCAGCUCAAGAGUCUGCAUCCUGUCAACAGAUCUCAAGUGGAGUGUGGAAGCUCCUUAGUGUCAUGAAACAGGAUGAGGUAGCCUCAGUUGUGCGAAAUGACCUCUCUAUUAUUCAGUUUGCCCAGUCACUCUACAACAGACAUGGACAAGACCCCACAAAGUAUGAAUACAUGCGACAGAAGCUCCGUGAAGUGGGGCGUCUGAUGUUAUGUCUGCGGACAGAAUUUUCUAUACAUAACCUGGAGGAGGCUGUCAAACCUGCUAACUUCCAGAGAGUUGUGCAAGCAGUGAAGAAAGUUUCAGGUUUUGAUGAAGAAAAUCUCUGUUUCCAAACACCAAGCCUUGCGCUGAAAUUGGGACACACACUACGCAAAAUUUGUGACAUCAUCCACUGCCGGGCCCUCAUGGCUGAAGAUGAAGAAUUGAUCAAGUCCACUGAAACAUUCAAGAAACUGCACACCUCCAAAUGGUCAGAGUUAGUGUCUCACAGGGCCCUGAGUACACUGAGCGAUGCAAAGUAUAACAAACCAUCUACAUUACCCUUCACUCAAGAUGUUCAGAUUCUUCACAAGUACCUGGAGAAAACUGCAGAAAGAGCUGUCUGCGACUUGAAUGAGGAGACCACCACCCAGAAUUAUGCUCAGCUUGCAAAAGUUACUCUGGCACAAAUUAUUGUGUUCAAUCGUAGACGAGCUGGAGAGGUUUCAAAAAUGCGCCUCAAAAGUUUUCAGGAGGGAGACACCACAAAGCUUCAUGAAGAUGUUGCCAUGGGGUUGUCAAAGAUUGAACAAAAGCUCUGCAACUAUUUCAGAAGAAUUGAAAUCAUGGGGAAAAGAGGCAGAAAGGUUGCAGUUCUGCUCACACCAAGUGUGGUGGAUGCUCUUUCGCUACUGACCAGUAAAAGAACCGAAUGUGGCGUUAGUGCCACAAAUGUCUUCCUGUUUGCAAGACCCAAGUCAAUGACCUACUACAGAGGACAGGACUGUUUGCGUAUUCAUGCAAACCAGUGUGGAGCAAAGCACCCUGAGCA